AUGGCAACUGAAAAGGUUAAGAAGGUAGAGGUUGAACCCGAGUGCCCGAUGGAGCCACCACCCGCCGCCGAGGUGGAGGAGAAAGCUAUUGAACCUCCUGUUACAAAAGAAAAGCUUGUCGAUAAUACCAAAGCCCUUGCCAUCGUUGAAAAGCCUAUCGAGGAUAAAUCGGAAGAGGGUUUUGUCCAUAGAUAUGUUGUUCUUGCGAGAGUUUCAACAGAGAAGAAAGACGCACUAAUCAAAGCAUGGGAAGAAAGCGAGAAAUCAAAAGCAGAGAACAAAGCUCAACAAAAGCUAUCUUCGAUUGGAGCAUGGGAGAACAGCAAGAAAGCAGACUUAGAAGCUGAACUGAAGAAGAUUGAGGAGAAUUUGGAGAAAAAAAAGUCUAAAGCAUAUUGA